AUGCGUAUUCCCGUAGAUCCGAGCACCAGCCGGCGCUUCAGCCCCCCCUCCAGCAGCCUGCAGCCCGGCAAGAUGAGCGACGUGAGCCCGGUGGUGGCUGCGCAACAGCAGCAGCAGCAGCAGCAGCAGCAGCAACAGCAGCAGCAGCAGCAGCAGCAGCAGCAGCAGCAGGAGGCGGCGGCGGCGGCAGCGGCGGCGGCGGCGGCGGCGGCGGCCGCGGUGCCCCGGUUGCGGCCGCCGCACGACAACCGCACCAUGGUGGAGAUCAUCGCUGACCACCCGGCUGAACUCGUCCGCACCGACAGCCCCAACUUCCUGUGCUCCGUGCUGCCCUCGCACUGGCGUUGCAACAAGACCCUGCCCGUGGCCUUCAAGGUGGUAGCCCUCGGAGAGGUACCAGAUGGGACUGUGGUUACCGUCAUGGCGGGUAAUGAUGAAAAUUAUUCUGCUGAGCUCCGAAAUGCCUCUGCUGUUAUGAAAAACCAAGUAGCAAGGUUCAACGAUCUGAGAUUUGUGGGCCGGAGUGGACGAGGCAAGAGUUUCACCUUGACCAUAACUGUCUUCACAAAUCCUCCUCAAGUCGCCACCUACCACAGAGCUAUUAAAGUUACAGUGGAUGGACCCCGGGAACCCAGAAGGCACAGACAGAAGCUUGAUGACUCUAAACCUAGUUUGUUCUCUGACCGCCUCAGUGAUUUAGGGCGCAUUCCUCAUCCCAGUAUGAGAGUAGGUGUCCCGCCUCAGAACCCACGGCCCUCCCUGAACUCUGCACCAAGUCCUUUUAAUCCACAAGGACAGAGUCAGAUUACAGAUCCCAGGCAGACGCAGUCUUCCCCGCCAUGGUCCUACGACCAGUCCUACCCCUCGUACCUGAGCCAGAUGACGCCCCCGUCCAUUCACUCCACCACCCCGCUGUCCUCCACCCGGGGCACCGGGCUGCCUGCCAUCACCGACGUGCCCAGGCGCAUUUCAGAUGAUGACACUGCCACCUCUGACUUCUGCCUCUGGCCUUCCACUCUCAGUAAGAAGAGCCAGGCAGGUGCUUCAGAACUGGGCCCUUUUUCAGACCCCAGGCAGUUCUCAAGCAUUUCAUCCCUCACUGAGAGCCGCUUCUCCAACCCACGAAUGCACUAUCCAGCCACCUUUACUUAUACCCCGCCAGUCACCUCAGGCAUGUCCCUCGGUAUGUCCGCCACCACUCACUACCACACCUACCUGCCACCACCCUACCCCGGCUCCUCCCAAAGCCAGAGCGGACCCUUCCAGACCAGCAGCACUCCAUAUCUCUACUACGGCACCUCGUCAGGAUCCUAUCAGUUCCCCAUGGUGCCCGGGGGAGACCGGUCUCCUUCCAGAAUGCUACCGCCGUGCACCACCACCUCGAACGGCAGCGCGCUCUUAAACGCAAACCUGCCUAACCAGAACGAUGGCGUUGACGCCGACGGAAGCCACAGCAGUUCCCCCACCGUUUUGAAUUCUAGUGGCAGAAUGGAUGAAUCUGUUUGGCGACCCUAUUGAAACUUCCUCAGCAGUGGCCCAGCGGUCUCUGGGAGCCACAUCCCAAACGUACCAACAUAUACAUAUAUAGAGAGUGCGUAUAUAUGUAUAUCAACUAGCUUAUCUACAAAGUGCCUAUUUUUUAGAAGGUUUUUUUUUUUUUUUGUCU